AUGAGAUUUUUCUUCUCUCUCCCAUAUGAACGCCAGAACAGAGGAAGAGUAAGGGAGCGUCCGAAAAUCAUCGCAGUCUUCUUCUUCUUCUUCUCGGUCUCGGUUCCUUGUUCCUUGCCGUCGGUCUAUGUGGUUCCUCGCUUCCACCCUCCUCUUCGCCUUCGUUUGUCCGCUGUAGUGGGUAGGUCGCCGGAUUUUCUUCCCCUGUCAUCGCCCUCUACUCCUUCCCUGCAACUUCAAGAUUCAGAUGCCUUAUUUUUUGAUUACCCCUGCAUCAAGGGAGAUGGUCUUAAGCUGGAAGGAGAUGUUUCAAACAAUAAUCCACAUUCAUUUAUCCAUUUAGGUGGAACGAGAUGGGGUCAGGUUAAAAAGAAUAUUUACAGUCCUGGACGAGUCACAAGUAACCGAAUGAAGCAACUCUGGGACAAGACCUCAAGAAAACUUUUUGACUUCCACGCAAAGUUUUCUUUUUCCUUUAUGAGGGUUCCUACAGAUGGAUUUGCAUUCUUCCUAGCAGAUCCAGAUCUUCCAUUUUCAGAGAACAUUGAGGAAGGAGGUGGUCUGGGUCUUGUGGAUGGGAACCAAAUACUGAAGUCAACUCAACAUCCUUUGUUGCAGUGGAGGAAAGGAAAGAUUGGACUCUUCGUAGGGAUGGGUGUUGGUAUAGCUGCGGUUAUGGCGGCUGUACUACUUCUCAAUAUUGAAGGGCAAGAAAGCCCAAAUGGUCCAAAGAAUUUUUGCCAUGAUGAAUUGGUGACGGCAACAAACAACUUUGCAAAGGCACAGAAACUUGGGCAUGGUGCUUCUGGUGAUGUUUAUAAGGGUUUCUUGAAAGACUUGGACUCUGAUGUUGCUAUAAAGAGGAUAUCAAGAAGUUCUAGACAUGGGAUAAAGGAAUAUACAGCAGAAGUGAAGAUCAUUAGCCAACUGAGACACAGGAAUCUAGUACCGCUAAUUGGUUGGUGCCACGAGAAGAAAGAUCUUCUCCUUAUAUACAAGUUCAUGCCAAAUGGUAGCUUAGAUUCACAUCUACACCAUAGAAACAGCUUCUUGACUUGGAAGAUGACGUAUGACAUUUCUCUAGCCUUGGCUUGGGCUUUACUCUACCUGCAUGAAGAAUGGGAUCAGUGUGUCCUUCACAGAGACUUUAAAGCCAGCAACAUUAUGUUAGACUCAAACUUCAAUGCCAAACUUGGUGAUUUCGGGUUAGCGAGGCUAGUGGAUCACAAAAAGGGGUCACAAACCACGGUUAUAGCCGGAACGAGGGGCUACAUCGCUCCGGAGUAUUUCAUUACAAGCAAGGCUACUAAGCAAACUGAUAUAUAUAGCUUUGGGGUGGUUCUGUUGGAGAUUGCAAGUGGAAGAAAACUCAUUGACCUAAGCAACGAGGCUGAAACAACCAUAGUUGAUUGGGUUUGGCAACUGAACGGACUGGGAAAGAUGCUUGAAGUAGCUGAUCUAAAGCUAAGUGGAACAUUUGAUGAGUAUCAAAUGGAACGUUUAGUGGUUGUUGGCAUGUGGUGUGCUCAUCCAGAUCAGUCUUGCAGGCCCUCCUCUAUAACGCAAGUGAUCCAAGUUCUCAAAUUGGAAGCUCCUUUACCAUCUCUCCCUAGAGAAAUGCCUGUGCCAACUUACCAUCCUCCAACAAUAAUAAAUACUUGUCUUGAGAUUUCAAACUAUAAUGAUCUAGGUGUAAAUUAGAAAGAUACGCAAGGAAGUGAACAAUAUUUUCUGAAUAAAAUAGUGUGAACUUUUUCCUUUAUCAUAGUUAAUGUUGGAGAUGUUUUAAAAUCACUUGUAAAGAUUCCCGUAUCUACAUACGGCAGGAAUUGAACAUGUGAAGCAUUGUUAAUAGGAUUUAACUUUGUUA